AUGACAGAGGAACAUCCUUUGCAAAAUACAUGGACAUUUUACUACUACGAGCGCCCAGCUAGUGCUGAAGAUUAUCUUAAAAGCAUUCAUUCUAUCGGAUCAUUCAACACAUGCGAAAAAUUCUGGAGUUUUUAUUCUCAUAUGGUCAGACCAGACAAAUUGAAGACUGAUAUGGCUCUUCAAAUGUUCAAAGAAGGAUAUAAGGCCAUAUGGGAAGAUGAAGCUAUUAAAAAUGGUGGCCAAAUAACGAUUAGAUUACAGAAAAAGCUAUUUCCUUUCGUUUGGGAGAAGUUAGUUCUUAAUAUGAUUGGCGAACAGAUAUCACAGUCAAUAAUUGGUGUUGUUGCUUCUUCAAAGCAGCGCGGUGAUUCAAUCGAGUUGUGGAUUGACUUCAAAUCACAAGAUCCAACAGAGAAAGAAGCAGAGAAGCUUGAUAUGAUUAGAACACUGAUCGAAAAAUUAAAUAUUGCAGGUAAAUUGAGGUUCAAAUACACUGAUUUCAGCCAAUUCAAAUCCGAAAAUCCAGCUACACAAAAGAAAUCCGAAUUUUACAUGCUCGAUAACGGUGUUGUUAAACGUACUGAGUAUAUUAGCCUCAAGAAACCACAAACAACUCCUGAAUCUCAAUAA